CCGGGAGCGGGGAGCCGCCGCUCGUGUCUGCUCGCGGCCUUUGAGGCGCCGAGGUCAGGCGGUGCCGGGCCGGUUCUGCACCGCGCCGCGGCCUCCUGCGGGAAUGAGCCCGAGCUGCGCGAGGAGGGGCGAAACCGGCGCCCGUGGGGCACGGAGGUGAAGGGCCGGCGGCGCUGCCCGCCCCAUCGGGGUGGCUGCCUGCCCCGCUCGCGCUGCGCGGCCCUUCGAGAGCUGCGUGCUCCCGAGCUCCUGGUAACUGCACGGAACGCAUUCACGGUGCCUGUAACGUCCAGCGUUUCGGGGAAGCCCAGUCUCGCGUCUUCUUCCUUCUCAAAUUUACCUCGUUUGCCGCUCAAUCAGAAGCAGGUUUUUCGCCUGGCGCGAGCAGAGGGCAUAUUUAGGACUGCCCGUGCCUCCUGUGGACAAACACCGCAUCUGCACAGCGCCCUGACUACGAGCUUGUGAAUAACACCUCACGCUGAGGAAUGGAGGGGGAAAAACUGAUUUCUGCAACAGACACGCAGUAUUCUAGUUCGCUCCUUCAGUCUUUGAACGAACAACGCGGCCAUGGGCUUUUCUGUGAUGUUACUGUUAUCGUGGAGGACCGGAAGUUUCGAGCUCACAGAAACAUUCUUUCUGCCUCAAGCACGUAUUUCCACCAGCUUUUGUCUGUGGCCGGGCAAGUAAUUGAAUUGAGCUUUGUGAGAGCUGAGAUUUUUGCUGAAAUACUUAAUUAUAUGUAUAGUUCCAAAAUAAUCUCUGUUCGAGCCGACUUAAUUGAUGAAUUGAUUAAAUCGGGACAGCUGUUGGGUGUUAAAUUCCUAGCUGAUCUGUCCGUAGCUCCAUCUGAUGGAAGGAGCGUGCCAGGCGAGGUCAAAGAUGGUGCUUCAGAAACUUCAGCUUCUGGCCCCACUCAGAAGGAUGCUGAAACACAAGUACCUGCCAUCAGGCAGGAGGGUCGAGAGGUGACGGGUUGGAUGCCAGUUAUAACUGAAUCGUUCUCUCUACAUGGCAUAGCCUACGAGACUCCAAAAAUAACAGUGACUGAUUCAGAUGAUGAUGAUGAUGUCAUCUUUUGCUCUGAGAUUGUUCCCCCAAAAGAAUGUACUAAAGACGCAAAUGCUGCAAUCCAGAACCAGCCUUGCCCAAAUGCACCUGGAGUUUCUGACCAAAAAUCGUGUGGCAGUGGUGGCUCCUCGCUCUCGACUAGCGCCACGUCAACUCAAAAACUUACUUCCUCUGCUAAUCAGCUGAAUCCAAACCAAGCACUGUCAAGUGCUGAAUCGCUUGUCCCUGUGACACCGCAGCAUUCGACAACUGAGCUCAUUUUGCUGAAUCGGCCCCCAGUUAACCCCUCAGCCAGUGUCAGCUCCUCACACGUGCUCCCUACAAUUAAUUUGGUUGAGGAGAGCCAGAAGCCAUCUGAUAAAGGUCCCUCAACUGAAGUGGAAACAGCUGCUGUUGAUGUAGAAGAGGUGGUUGAGGACAGUGAUGAUGUCAUCAGCUCCUCUAGUCCUAGUUCGGUCAGCAACGGCUCUUCGGUUCAGCAGCCUUCUGUACCCAAAGCAGCACCUUCUGAAGGAUCAGGAGUACAGAAAAAACAGGUUGUUAAGUUUCCACAAGAACAAUCUUCUAAACCUGGAGAAUUUAAAAUAAAAAUCUCAGAUGUCCUUACUGGAAACAACAAGGAAUUUGGUCCAGGUAUAGCAUCAAAACAUGUGGGAGAAGGGCAGAAAAUCAUAACGUUAGAUACGGCAACUGAAAUAGAAGGCUUAUCCACAGGCUGCAAGGUAUAUGCAAAUAUUGGUGAGGACACUUAUGACAUAGUCAUUCCGAUUAAGGAUGAUCCUGAGGAAGGAAAAGCCAAGCCUGAUGAAACCCCUAGAACAUCUGAUGGCGAUUCCUCAAGUAGGAAACGCAUGAAAGUAAAGCACGAUGACCAUUACGAGCUGAUCAUGGAUGGAAGGGUCUACUACAUUUGUAUUGUAUGUAAGAGGUCGUACGUGUGUCUGACGAGUUUACGGAGACAUUUUAAUGUUCAUUCCUGGGAGAAGAAGUAUCCGUGUCGAUACUGUGAUAAAGUUUUCCCUCUUGCAGAAUACCGUACGAAGCACGAAAUUCACCACACUGGUGAGCGGAGGUACCAGUGCUUGACGUGUGGCAAGUCUUUCAUCAACUAUCAGAUCAUGGCCUCACACAUAAGAUCAGUUCAUAGCCAAGACCCUUCAGGAGAUACCAAGCUUUAUCGACUGCAUCCUUGCAAGUCUUUGCAGAUCAGACAGUAUGCAUACAUUUCUGAUCGCUCGAGCAGCUUACCGGUAAUAAACGAGAAUAGGAUCGUUUAUCGUGUUGAUGCAGCAAAGAAUGGCACUGAAGGAACAACAUCUAAUUCUCCAGGCAAACAAAUGAGCUGGGAUGAUAUUUUUGUUCCACAGGGAAACGAUGCAAUUUUUAAGCAAAAUCAAUCAGAGGGUAGUACUGAAUUUGAGUUUGUAAUACCAGAAUCUUAUUGACAUGCUGGGAAAAGUGAGUACAUAGUGCAGGUUUUAUAAACAAACUGUUAAAAAACAAAUUGUUCAGAGUGAGAACAAUGUGAACUUGUUUGACAAAGUCAUCAAAUGGUAGUGCUUAGAUGGGUCGUUAGUAGCUGCAAAUAAUCUGUGGAAGCGAUUCAUUGGAAGGUUUACUUGAAUACAGAUUAAGACAUUUCCAAGGAGCUGGCAGUGUUUGCGAGUAUGUUCAUUUUGAUCAGAACGUGAGGAUUUGUGGCUGGAAAAAGGUGCAGCUUUCUCCUAACGAGCGAGAAAUCUAAUUUCUAAAGUAAUUCAAGGUAUUUCCUAUACCCAUACUUAGAUAACCCCUUUCUUUCAUGUUAGCACUUUAAUGCUGAAUUGUGCUUCAUGAUUCAUGAAGAAAACAGUAAGAUUUUCUAUGGUAAUGUUUUCAAUAUCGAACCAUUGUGUUAUUUUUCUGAAUAAGUGUUACCACAAGGGUCCAAAAUGACUGAUCCAGUAGUUUGGAGCAGUGCAUUUUUCAACUAGCAUCUUAAUUGUGCUUUUAAAAGCAGUAUGAAUCAUUUGUCUUCACGCAGGUAUUCCUGCCAAUGAGAGAUGCUCAGUUUGGUCUAACUUGAACACACUUUUAGUUGUGCUAAGCAGUAUGGUAAGUGGGGUAGUCAAUGGACCAUUCUGUUUCACUCUUUUUGUAUCAGGGAAAAAAGUCAGUGCUCAAUAGUGGAGGAAUCAAGAACACUCAUAAACUUUUUUUUUUUUCCUCUCCAUUAAGAAAGGUUUCAGUGUGGUAUAAAAAAAAGUAAUCCCCAUGAUACCCAAAGGCUUUGAAAUUUACUUAGAAUGGAGAAAUCCUCCAAGUGCUGCAUCAGUGCUGAGGCUGCUGAGGAUCUCCUGUAUGUCUUUGGUUAGAUCUUUAAGUGGAACGGGAAUUUUGUUUUUUAAUUCUCCCAUUUCUGGGGGAUGUAAUCUUAUGGUAAUGAUGUAACUGAUGUUCAGAAAAUGCCUGCCAUCCCUCAUACUCCACUGUAUUAUCUCUACAAUUGCCUACUUGUCAUCUGUUUGCUCUUACUGGCUGCUUCUAUUGCUCCUUUUUUUCUCCUUAAAUUCUUGGACAGUUAGAAAAUAAUUAGGAGAAAUCCAACAGGAGCAAGAGAUGGAAAGCUGAGAAAAACAGCAGUCGUAGCCUAGCACUUCAGAUUUAGAGACUUAGUGCAUUUUUCUAAAUGAUGAGAUGAAAGCUGUUCAGAAAUUCUAGCAGUUACUGAGGAAGACCGUUGUGCAUAAUUCUAGUUAGUUAUCAUUGCUCUCAUUGCUUAAACCUUUUCAUUUUCAUGUUUCACAUAAGCAUCUUGAUCCUCUGACUUUCAAUGUUAAGAUUUUAGACAUGCAUUUUAGACAUGCAUGGUAUUUAAAUAGUGAAUGGUUCAAAUACAGCUUGAGUUAUAAGAAAAGACGCUGGAAAGGUGGGAGAAAGAGGAGAAUCUUUACUUUUUACAUGUGAUACUCAGCACUUCUGUUUUGUAGGCCAAAAAUGUUACAUGUGUGGUUGUUUUCCAGACCGUGUCACAACCCCUUUGAAUGUAAGGGGUUUUGCUUUCAGAUGUUACAUGUUGGAUGUAGUCUGAGACAGCAUUUCAGCAGCCUCACAAGAGUUAAGUACUGAUUGCCCAGCAUAGCUGGCUGCAUGUUACAUAGGAAUGUCUUGAGCUUACCAUCAUGAAAGAAUGCAGUGGUUUUGUUGCGGAUGUGACACGUAUGGAGUGAAGCACGCGCUGCAAAGUGUGCAUUCAGUUGUACUGAAAAACAGUGGCUACAAAUAUUUGCUGCUGAUGUACUAAAAAACUUAAACUGUACCUACUAAAGGUCUCUUUUUGGAGGAAAACUGGAAAGUUAGGGCUUUGUAACUGUAUUUCUGCUAGAAGACUUGUGUGUGCAUGUGUCUCAGGGGCUUCAGUUUUCCUUGGAAGUGAUUUUUGAAAUCCAAAGUCCAGAGAUCACAUAAAGUGUUUUUUUUUUUUUAAGUGCACUAUUUAUUGAUUUGAAAACACAUCAGAUCCCUUCUUUUUAAACUUUUUUUUACAGGGCCACGAGCAUUUGUAUUUAGAUUUCUGGCUAUUGUACUUAUAUUUGUUUGUUUUUAACAUUAAGCUUCCAGAUUAACUUAAUGAAAGGCGUUACGUGACUCCUAAGAAAUUGGCCUUGGGGUAAGGAAAGGAAAAGAUUGAAUCUGAAAAACCACUUGCAUAAAACUCAACUAUUUCAGAGGUGCACUAGCAAACCUCAUGGCCAUUCUCACACAGCUAACAACCUGAAUGGAUCUGCUGCAAAAUGUAAUAAUGGGGACUGCGUUGGCACUGUAUGGUUUCUUUGGAGAUUCAUACCAGAGCAUUCCAGUAAAUGAAUGAAAUAAAAAAAUGGAGAUUAAAAAAAUUGGCUGCUCAUUUAUUUUGUACCGUUAAGGCAUGCAGCUCAGGAAAAGAUGCAGAAGUUAACAAUUACACAGAGCAUUGAGUUUGACAGCUAUUACCUAUGAACUGUUCCAUGUGAAACACUGCUAACUUUUGCCACGUCUGAAAUGUAUAUACUUGUACAGUCUUUCUUUAACAUACUUUUUAAAGUUGCGUUCUACUUUUCAUUAAUCAAUACUUGAUAUUAGUUCUUAGAGCUUUCUAUGGCAAAAAUAAAAAGUUUAAUUCUA